CACUCCGGGACGGGAACGCGUAGGCGGCGCGGCGGGCUGCGGGCGGCCGGGUCGUGGUCCGCCUCCCCGGGUAAAGUGCACCUCCUGCCCGCCCCCGAGGGGUCUGCCCGUCCCUGUCGCCGAAUGAUUGCGUCUAGGAAUGCGGAAACCACCCUUGCAUACCUCCCCGACUUCUGGACUCACCUGCCGUGACGUCUUAGCUCCACAGAGUUCUCAGGACCUCAUGGAUCGCAGAGGGACCAAGAGAAGAGGGGAAAACAUAGAGGAAGCUGAGCCUCGGAACAAACUCCCCGGCCCAGCACCCUCAAUGCCCACAGACCCCGCCCUGUACUCUGGGCCCUUCCCUUUCUACCGGCGCCCUUCUGAACUGGGCUGCUUCUCCCUGGAUGCACAACGCCAGUACCAUGGAGAUGCUCAAGCCUUGCGCUACUACAGCCCACCCCCUACCAAUGGUCAAGGCCCCAACUUUGACCUCAGAGACGGAUACCCUGAUCGAUACCAGCCCAGGGACGAGGAGAUCCGAGAGGGGCUGGAUCACCUGCUACGUUGGCUCCUGGAUCACCGAGGCCAGCUGGAGGGGGGUCCAGGCUGGCUGGCAGGGGCCAUAGUGACAUGGCGAGGGCACCUGACAAAAUUGCUGACGACACCGUAUGAGCGGCAGGAGGGCUGGCAGCUGGCGGCCUCCCGCUUCCAGGGGACACUGUACCUGAGUGAGGUAGAGACGCCGGCAGCUCGGGCCCAGAGGCUUGCCCGGCCACCCCUCCUCCGAGAGCUUAUGUACAUGGGGUACAAGUUUGAGCAAUACAUGUGCGCAGACAAACCUGGAAGCUCCCCGGACCCCUCUGGGGAGGUUAACACCAAUGUGGCCUUCUGCUCUGUGCUACGCAGCCGCCUGGGAAACCACCCUCUGCUCUUCUCAGGGGAGGUAGACUGUAUAGACCCUCAGGCCCCAUCCACACAGCCCCCCACCUGCUAUGUGGAGCUCAAGACCUCCAAAGAGAUGCACAGCCCUGGUCAAUGGAGGAGCUUCUACAGACACAAGCUUCUGAAAUGGUGGGCUCAGUCAUUCCUUCUGGGCAUCCCAAAUGUCAUUGCUGGCUUCCGUAACCCAGAGGGUUUCAUCUGUUCCCUCAAGACCUUUCCUACUAUGGAGAUGUUCGAGUAUGUCAGGAAUGACCGUGAUGGCUGGAAUCCCUCCGUGUGCAUGAACUUCUGUGCCGCCUUCCUUAGCUUUGCCCAGAACACAGUUGUCCAGGACGACCCCAGGCUCGUCUAUCUCUUCUCCUGGGAGCCUGGCAGCCCAGUCACAGUGUCGAAACAUCAAGAUGCACCCUAUGCCUUCCUGCCCACGUGGUACGUGGAAGCCGUGACACAAGACCUCCCAUCGCCCCCCAAGACGCUUUCCCCCAAGAACUGAGACUUCAGAGGGGCUGGUCCUGUCUCCGUGUGCACAGAUAAAAGCCUAUUUCUAGGUGGUU